AAAUGAAUUUGAAAUUUGAUGUUUCUUAAAUUCUACCAAUUAUUUACGGCUUCAUAGGAUCACGUGAUCUUCCACAGAUGUGAGACAAGACCAUACUAAGUCUAUCCCAGGAAUCGAGUUUAUGUUUGACCUUCUCAAGGUGACCGAUAUCGCGGCAAAAAUACUCAGUCUUGGUUAGGUUGCUACGCGGGCUUGUAUCGUGUGCUAAGAGAUACGAAAAUGAGCGUUCAAACUGAUUCCGAUAAGCGCAAGCAAAUUUCUGUGAGAGGAAUUGUAGGUGUAGAGAAUGUCGCCGAGGUGAAGAAAGCGUUUAACCGGCACCUACAUUACACAUUGGUGAAGGACCGAAAUGUUGCGACCCCGAGGGACUACUACUUCGCCCUGGCUCACACUGUUAGAGACCACCUCGUCUCCCGCUGGAUACGCACCCAACAGUAUUACUAUGAGAAAGAUCCCAAGCGAGUUUACUAUCUAUCCCUGGAGUACUACAUGGGAAGAUCCCUUCAGAACACUAUGAUCAAUUUAGGCAUCCAAGGGAAUGUAGAUGAGGCUCUUUACCAAUUAGGACUUGAUAUUGAGGAACUUGAAGAGUUGGAGGAAGAUGCAGGUCUUGGCAAUGGGGGCCUUGGAAGACUGGCAGCUUGUUUCUUAGACUCCAUGGCUACACUUGGCCUUGCAGCAUAUGGCUAUGGCAUCAGGUAUGAAUACGGCAUUUUCGCGCAGAAGAUAGAAAAUGGGGAACAACAGGAAGAGCCUGAUGACUGGCUGAGGUAUGGAAAUCCUUGGGAGAAAGCGCGUCCCGAGUUUAUGCUGCCUGUUAACUUCUAUGGACGUGUUGUUGACACACCUGAUGGCAAAAAAUGGAUUGAUACACAGGUGGUGUUCGCCAUGCCUUACGAUAAUCCAAUUCCAGGCUACAACAACAAUGUGGUUAAUACAUUGAGACUUUGGUCUGCAAAGAGUCCUAUAGAUUUCAAUCUACGUUUCUUCAAUUCUGGUGAUUACAUCCAAGCCGUACUCGACCGCAAUGUAGCUGAAAAUAUUUCAAGAGUCCUCUAUCCCAACGACAACUUCUUUGAAGGGAAAGAAUUGAGACUUCGGCAAGAAUACUUUAUGUGUGCGGCCACUCUCCAAGAUAUUCUUCGGAGAUAUAAACAAUCCAAAUUCGGCAGCCGGGAAGCUGUUAGAACGACAUUCGACAGUCUUCCGGAUAAAGUUGCGAUUCAGUUGAACGACACUCACCCAGCUCUUGCGAUUCCCGAGCUUCUACGAAUUUUGUUAGAUAUUGAAAAGUUGCCAUAUGAGAAGGCUUGGGAUCUAGUUGUGAAGUGUUGCGCCUACACUAAUCAUACCGUUCUACCCGAAGCUCUCGAGAGAUGGCCUGUGUCCAUGUUAGAAAAUUGCUUGCCUAGACAUAUGCAACUGAUUUACCAUAUUAACUUCCUCCAUCUCAAAGAAGUUGAAAAACGUUGGCCUGGUGACUUGGACCGAAUGCGUCGCAUGUCUAUGAUCGAGGAAGAGGGUGAAAAGCGCGUCAAUAUGGCCCACCUUUGCGUGGUCGGCUCGCACGCAGUGAACGGCGUUGCGGCGAUUCAUUCCGAUAUUCUAAAAGCGACCAUUUUCCGCGAUUUCUAUGAAAUGUGGCCAAAUAAAUUCCAAAACAAAACAAACGGUAUCACGCCACGCCGUUGGUUACUUCUGUGUAACCCGGCCUUGGCCGAUCUGAUCUGUGACAAGAUUGGCGAAGAAUGGACCGUUCAUUUGGACAAGUUGCAGCAAUUGAAGCGAUGGGCUAAGGACCCAGCUUUCCAGCGCGCUAUUAUGAAAGUGAAACAAGAAAACAAGUUGAGACUCGCAAGUCUAAUAGAAAGAGACACAGGAGUGCAGAUAAAUCCCGCGUCGAUGUUCGACGUUCAAGUGAAACGUAUCCACGAAUACAAACGGCAGCUCUUGAACAUUCUGCACGUGAUCGUAUUGUACAAUCGCAUCAAGCGUGACCCGAGCGCUCCUAUUACUCCUCGAACGGUGAUGAUUGGUGGGAAAGCUGCUCCUGGCUACUUUAUCGCUAAGCAGAUCAUUGCACUGGCGUGUGCUGUUGGCAAUACUGUCAACAAUGAUCCAGACGUUGGAGAUAAGUUAAAGCUGAUAUUCUUGGAGAACUACCGCGUGACGCUUGCCGAGCGCAUCAUGCCGGCCGCUGACCUCAGCGAGCAAAUCUCUACCGCUGGAACCGAAGCGUCCGGCACCGGCAAUAUGAAGUUCAUGCUCAACGGCGCGCUCACCAUCGGGACCAUGGAUGGUGCCAAUGUCGAGAUGGCGGAAGAAGCGGGCGAACAUAAUUUGUUCAUCUUCGGUAUGAGAGUUGAGGAUGUGGAAGCUUUGCAGAAACGCGGAUACAACGCGUACGAAUACUACGAACGCAACCCGGAACUGCGUCAAUGCGUGGAACAGAUCCGCAGCGGCUUCUUCUCUCCCGGCGAGCCGGGCCGCUUCUCGCACGUGGCCGACGUGCUAUUGCACCACGACCGCUUCCUGCACCUCGCCGACUUUGACGCCUAUAUCCAGGCCCAGGAGAAAGUCUCUCAAGUGUACCAGGAUCAAGCGAAGUGGGCUGAAAUGGUGAUCGAAAACAUCGCGUCCUCCGGAAAGUUUUCUUCUGACCGCACCAUCGCUGAGUACGCGCGCGAGAUCUGGGGCGUGGAGCCCUCCUGGGAGAAACUUCCGGCGCCGCAUGAGACAUCAUAAACGACCACCCAACCACAGUUUGUCACAAUCAUAUUUUAUUUUUCACAAAAAAAGGCAUUUGAACGCUCAUUUGAAUGAUGGCCUGCCUGAACAGACAAAAUAUUUUUCACCACCAAGCAAUGAUAUUAUACAUAUGAAAAAUUACAUACGUAUUUCAAGUACAGACUUAAAACUACGACACUUGGGUCACGUUUGUAGAGCGCUAUCUCUUCUACUCGUGCGUUUUGAAUUUUCUCUCUUACUCAUCACCGAGCAGCAAUUUUAUAUACGCCAAGUAAUUUGAACGCAAUCGUUUGUGGUAUAAGAUCGUGUCUUUGCCACCAAGUUAUAUACGGUUUAUUUUAAAAAUAAAAUUGUAGCUAAAGUAUAAACACAAAGUUGAGCAUUUUACGACACAUUAAAUCUGAGUUCUUAUACUAACUAUAAUUUUGUCUUUCACCAAAAUAUGGUCAAUUAUGUUACAAUUUUCAUACAUAAGCAAUUUUAAAUUUUAAUUGAUUAAUUAAUUAUUAUUAUCCGUCUUCUGUAGAAGCAAUGAAUUACAACGCGGUUUUUUUUCAAAGUAACCAAAUAAGUGAUUUUACAUUCAUGAAUGUACAUUGUACAUCAUUUAAAAAUCUUAAGAUAAUAAUUGGGCAUUCCCUACAAAAUCGACAGCAGCAGAUAUUUGCUUGCUAAACCAAAAACUGCUUAGCUAACUAUGAAAGGCUCAUUUGAUUUAUUCGAUUAUAAUAAUCUUCUGUAAAUAAGCUGUUAACACUUUUUUCGGAAUUUUCAUAUCAAACCAUUUAUCUUAUUUGAAAUUCUAUCUUGAUUAUUUUUGACGCUGAUAGGAUUUUGAACCAUAUUAUUGUGUGAAAAUAAUUAACAUUGUUUUUAUUUCAAAAUAGAUUGAAUCACAUUGUUUUCGAUGCUUUA